AUGGCUCAUCGUCCUCGAGUUACCUUCGAGAAGUCCCGCGUCGUCCGGCGUCGAUACCAGCGCAGCAACCAGCGCUUCCAGUUCACAGCAUCCCAGAUUGCGCGCAUUGACCGAGAGGAGGAGAGAAAGAAUAAUGCCGAGAAGCUGCGAGAGAAGGAGAAACGCCGCAUAAAGGAGAAGCAGAAGCGCGCGGAGAAGGAAGCGAAAGCGCGAGAGGAGAGAAUGCGACUUGGUAUCCCUGAUCCGAAUGCGAGGAAAGUGCCUGCAAGUCAGCCUCUGCUAUUCAACUUCAUCAAGAAAGGGCCGCCUGCGAAACCUACGAUCGAAGAGGAUGAGAAUGACUUGGGAGACGAGAGUGAUGAUACCGCUGUAGCAAGCACGGUUGUUCCUUCUGAUUUCGACUGCGACCUUGAACUUGAUGACGACACUCUGGGCUUUGAAGAGGAAGGGAUCGAUGACCUUCUCAUGGAACUUGAGGAUCCGGAGAAUUCCGAUCAACCUGUUGCUGGAAAGAGCGAGGGGAGACAGCCCGAGGCGUCAUGGAUCACCAAAGACGAUCAAGAGGACGAAUUUUCCGACUGCUCUUUCGAUGAGGAAGUCCUGAAAGAGACUGAGUCGAUCGCGACGAAGGCGUCAGCUGAACAAGUGCCCAUUGUGCCCAGACCACCCAAAGAAGAGUCCUUCACGGACGGUACCGCACUGAUACUUGAACAGUUCACCCAGGAUUUCGAUCCGAGCUCCAGCUUCGACGAGGCCCUCGCUCAACUCGAUCAAUUAACAUCAACAUAA